UGCGUCACGUCCGCUUAUUUAACUCCCCACUUCCGUCCUUUUUGUAUAACAAUAACAAACAUGGCCACUUACAGGCAGGUCGGCAGGUUGUUGGGUAUUUCGGCGAGACUUUCACGUCCACUUGCUGGCAGUGGGUGUCAGAGUACUGGAUUACACUUGCCUUCACAUACCACAGGAGUUUCGAACAGAUGGCCCCCAAAUUUCCUCUGGAUUGUUCCUGGAAGAACCAUGUUUGUGCAGACGCAGGAGACACCAAAUCCAAACAGCAUGAAGUUCCUGCCGGGUCGCGUAGUUCUUGAAACGGGGACAAUGAAUUUUGCCGGCCCGCGUGAGGCGCACUGCUCACCUUUAGCCAGACAGCUGUUUAGGAUUGAGGGAGUCAAGAGUGUGUUCCUGGGCCCUGAUUUUAUUACUAUCACAAAGGCUGAUGCAAAUAUGGAAUGGAAAGUAAUUAAACCUGAUGUGUUUGCUACCAUUAUGGACUUUUUUACCUCUGGGCUUCCUGUUGUAAACGAGGACAGCCAGCCAAGCCCAGAUACAGCACCUUCAGAUGAUGACGACGAGGUAGUUGCUAUGAUCAAAGAACUACUAGAUACUCGAAUAAGACCAACCGUGCAGGAGGACGGAGGAGAUGUUCUGUACCGGGGAUUCGAAGAUGGCGUUGUUAAACUGAAACUGCAGGGUUCCUGCACCAGUUGCCCCAGUUCAAUUGUCACUCUGAAGAAUGGAAUCCAAAACAUGCUGCAGUUUUACGUGCCCGAAGUUGAGUCAGUUGAACAGGUAAAGGAGGAGGAGGAAGAGGCUGCUCAAGUUUGAACAACUGAAAUCAUCUGUACACAUUCCUCGCUCUACCAGCCGCCUACUUUAAUGCAAGCUGUAAUUGCAAUAAAACAACCUGUUGACAUAUCUGUGUGAAGAACAUGUUACCAUUAUCCAUUCAAAUGUUAUCCCAGAUUUCAAUUCCUAGCUGUUUUCUGUACAGUGACAGUAUUUAAAUAAAAUAGCCGAGUCAUAGAAACAGGAAACUGAAAUUAUUUAUUUAUAAUUCCACAUCUGUCUGCGAGCAAAGCAACCUUUAGUUUUAAAAUCAAUAUAUUGUAUGUGCAUAAAUAAAGUUUGUAAUAUUUUGUGACCAGA